GCUUUUCUGACGUGAGCAAAAUUCAAGCCAGAAUUGAACACCAGAAUACUGUAGGCCUUGGGGAAAGAGGUUGGAAUACUCCUAGCUUGAUAACAGGACCAACUGAGGAUGACCUGCUAUUCGGUGGUAGCAAAAGCGAUCCCGACUAGGCAGGUGACCCAGCCUCUCUUUAGGGGAAGAGAGAUCCCGACGGUGGCCGAAAGAGGCGGUGUGGGAUUCGGCAAGUUGCGGACAUUAGCACAUCACAUCGUCGCUGCGCAAACCAGUAAGCUGCCCGCGUCCUGCAAGGACACAAGUCACCAAAGUCAUCUCUCCAGUCUUAAUAGGGCCACUUUAACGACCACUUGAAAUGUCUGAACCAUACGACCCUUACGUCCCCCGCGGAGACCCCAGCGGCGCUCCUCGCCCUGGUAACUCCAAAACUGCUGC